CUUUUCUCUCCACUCCCCUCCGCUGUCCCCACCCCAGAUUCCCGUGCAAUUUUCCCCAAUCCCAAACACUUAAUUGAGCAAUUGGGAUUCCUCACGUGUGGGCUGAUUUGUAGUUUGAACACGUGGCUCAUUCAAAAAACCGGAGUAGCAGAGGAUUUUUUUUUCUCCCUCUCCCCCCUUUUUUCUUCUUCUUCUUCUUCUUCUUAUUCUAGGCUCCGGACUAAGAGGCGGGCGCCAGCCUUACCGUGUGUGACACUCUCUGUCUCUUUGCCAAGGGGUUUGGGAGGAAGACACAAAGUAGUUUCUCCUCCUUUUUCACCCAGCCCGCCAUCGUUCGGAGAUUAAUAAUUGAGCAUUUAUUCAUUGCGCGAUAGAGACGGAGGGGCGAGGGAGCGCAGCGCAAACGCACUGUGAGGCUGCCAGUUUAAAUCUAUCUGUGGCUUGAACGACCGGGAAGCACGCCACGGUCACUCCGUAGUAGUAGAGGCGAUUUGGGCUACUCCAAAACAGUGCACAUCCGUGAGCGCAACUAACCGCCUCUCCCUCGGCGUAAAGAUUGUCUCUUCACGGCACACAACAUGAAUAAGCUAUACAUUGGCAACGUGAGCGCAGAAGCGACUGAAGAGGACUUCGAAAGUAUCUUUGAGCAGCGGAAGAUUCCGCACAGUGGUCCAUUUCUUCUCAAAAGUGGCUAUGCGUUUGUGGAUUGCCCGGACGAGAAGGCUGCAAUGAAGGCCAUCGAUCUACUUUCAGGGAGAGUUGAACUCCACGGGCAACUUCUCGAAGUUGAACACUCGGUCCCUAAACGUCAAAGGAGCUGUAAACUGCAGAUCAGGAACAUCCCGCCUCACAUGCAGUGGGAGGUUUUGGACGGAAUGCUUGCUCAGUAUGGUGCAGUAGAGAGCUGUGAACAAGUCAACACUGACACAGAGACUGCAGUCGUUAAUGUUCGAUAUGGAACCAAGGACCAGGCCAGGCUGUCUAUGGAGAAGCUGAAUGGAUCUAUGAUGGAGAACUACGCCUUGAAAGUGUCCUAUAUCCCAGAUGAAACCGCUUCACCAGAGGGUCCUUCAGGAAUGAACAGGAGAGGCUUUAACGCACGCGGACCUCCUCGUUCCAGCUCUCCAGGUAUGGGUGCCCGGCCCAAAGUGCAGUCGGACAUCCCUCUGCGCAUUCUGGUCCCAACGCAGUUUGUGGGCGCAAUAAUCGGCAAGGAGGGCGCCACCAUCCGCAACAUCACCAAACAGACGCAUUCAAAAAUUGAUAUCCACAGGAAAGAAAAUGCAGGUGCAGCAGAGAAGCCCAUCACGAUUCACUCCACCCCAGAAGGUUGUGCGAACGCUUGCAGAACCAUCAUGGAAAUCAUGCAGAAGGAAGCCAUUGACACUAAGUUUACUGAAGAGAUACCACUGAAGGUCCUUGCACACAACAACUUUGUAGGAAGAUUAAUUGGGAAGGAAGGACGCAACCUCAAGAAGAUUGAGCAGGACACGGGGACCAAGAUUACAAUCUCACCUCUGCAGGACCUGACCCUGUACAACCCCGAGCGGACCAUCACACUGAAGGGCUCAGUCGAAGCGUGUUCAAGAGCUCAGGAGGAGGUGAUGAAGAAGAUCGCAGAAUCGUACGAGAGCGACAUGGCUGCUAUGAACCUCCAGUCCAAUCUGAUUCCAGGCUUGAAUCUGAAUGCCUUGGGUUUGUUCCCCAGUGGAGCACCAGGCAUGGGUCCCUCCAUGUCCAGCAUGCCACCCCCUGGAGCACACGGUGGAGGCUCAUUUGGAUGCAGUCCUUAUGGGGGUGAGGGGCCAUUUUGGGCUUCUAUGCCGCCGGCGAGCAGCCGGCCCCCUGCUGGACACCCUGAGUCUGAGACGGUUCACCUGUUCAUCCCUGCACUUGCAGUCGGAGCCAUCAUCGGAAAACAGGGUCAACACAUCAAACAGCUGUCGCACUUUGCCGGAGCCUCAAUUAAGAUUGCCCCUGCAGAAGGAAUGGACUCCAAACUAAGGAUGGUAAUCAUUGUCGGACCACCAGAGGCUCAGUUUAAGGCUCAGUGUCGCAUAUUUAGCAAGCUGAAGGAAGAGAAUUUCUUUGGACCUAAGGAAGAAGUGAAGCUGGAGGCUCACAUCAAGGUCCCAUCAUUUGCUGCUGGACGCGUCAUCGGGAAGGGCGGAAAAACUGUGAAUGAUCUGCAGAACAUGUCGUGUGCAGAUGUGGUGGUGCCCAGGGACCAGACGCCUGACGAGAACGACCAGGUCAUAGUCAAGAUUAGCGGACACUUCUUUGCGUGCCAGCUGGCCCAGAGGAAGAUUCAGGAGAUUCUCGCCCAGGUGAGGAGGCAACAGCAGCAGCAGCAGCAGCAGCCACACAAGCCCUCAUCUGGAGCCCAAACUCCAGUGCCUCGCAGGAAGUAAAGUUCCAGCGGACCCAGAGGAACGGUGACCGAAUAUGCCAGAAGACUCAACAGAUGGACAGAUGCAGCAGAGUCCAGGAGGAAAAGACAAGGGGUCGCAAUGCUCAUCUCAGGGGUCAAAAAGGUUCUCGCCAACCAAACAUCCAACCCCUCCUUGUCUUACUUGAUGAACUUUCAAGUGUGGCUGCUGAGAGACGCCACGCCUCUUAACCUCCACCCACCUCAUCUCUGCGUCUCUGUAAAAAAAAAAAAGUACUUCUGAGGGCUCCCAACGUCGUCACCUGCCCUCACAUGCACACAACCCCCUCGACUGCUCUCCUCCUCCCCCCCCCUUUUGU